GUGCUGCAGCCCGCCGGAUCUUAGUGUCCCUCCGCCGUCCUCCCUGCUCGUCGCUGUGCUGUAGACAUGUCGGUGGUGGGAUUUGAUCUGGGAUUCCAGAGCUGCUAUGUCGCCGUCGCCCGGGCCGGUGGUAUUGAAACGGUGGCCAAUGAGUACAGCGACCGCAGCACCCCAGCAUGUAUUUCAUUUGGUCCGAAGAAUCGGUCUAUUGGGGCAGCAGCUAAAAGCCAAGUAAUAUCAAAUGCAAAGAACACAUUACAAGGCUUCAAAAGGUUUCAUGGGCGGGCAUACACGGAUCCAUUUGUGCAAGCGGAGAAGCCUGGUCUUGCCUACGAACUUGUGGAGUUGCCAACAGGCUCUGCAGGAAUCAAGGUUGUAUACUUGGAAGAGGAGAAAUGUUUUACCACUGAACAGGUGACUGGAAUGCAGCUUACCAAGCUGAAAGAAACCGCAGAGAGUGCAUUAAAGAAGCCUGUUGUGGACUGCGUUGUGGCUGUUCCUUCUUUCUAUACGGAUGCAGAACGACGGUCUGUAGUUGAUGCCACACAAAUCGCAGGGCUGAAUUGUUUGCGCCUUAUUAAUGAGACAACGGCAGUUGCUUUGGCCUAUGGUAUCUAUAAACAGGACUUGCCUGCUCCAGAAGAGAAACCAAGGAUUGUGGUGUUUGUGGAUAUGGGACAUUCUGCCUAUCAAGUGUCUGUCUGUGCAUUCAACAAGGGCAAACUAAAGGUCCUGGCCACAUCAUUUGACCCUACAUUGGGUGGCAGGAAGUUUGAUGACGUUCUGGUAAACUAUUUUGUUGAAGAAUUUGGCAAAAAAUACAAGCUGGAAAUCAAGUCCAAGAUUAGGCCUUUGCUACGUCUUGCUCAGGAGUGCGAGAAGCUUAAGAAGUUGAUGAGCGCAAAUGCUUCGCAGCUACCACUUAAUAUUGAAUGUUUUAUGAAUGACAUCGAUGUAUCUGGAUCUAUGAAUCGAGGGCAUUUUGAAGAAAUGUGUGACAGUCUUUUAUCUCGAAUUGAACCACCACUUCGAAGUGUUUUGGAACAAGCCAAGCUAAAAAAAGAAGAUGUUUAUGCAGUAGAGAUAGUUGGUGGUGCCACUCGAAUCCCUGCUGUGAAGGAGAGAAUAAUGAGAUUCUUUGGCAAAGAAGUCAGUACAACACUGAAUGCUGAUGAAGCAGUAGCCCGAGGCUGUGCGUUGCAGUGUGCCAUCCUAUCGCCAGCUUUUAAAGUGCGAGAAUUUUCCAUCACAGAUCUAGUACCAUAUCCUAUAUCAUUAAAAUGGAAUUCUCCAGCUGAGGAAGGCUUAAGUGAUUGCGAAGUCUUUCCUAAGAAUCAUGCAGCUCCUUUCUCCAAAGUGCUUACGUUCUACAGAAAGGAGCCUUUUAAUCUGGAUGCUUACUACAGUGCUCCCAAGGAAUUGCCCUAUCCAGACCCCUCCUUAGGUCAAUUUCACGUUCAGAAAGUUAUCCCACAAGCUGAUGGGUCAAGCUCUAAAGUAAAGGUGAAAGUACGUGUGAAUAUCCACGGGAUUUUUAGUGUAUCCAGCGCCUCUCUUGUUGAGAUACACAAAACAGAAGAUGGCGAGGAACCCAUGGAAACAGACCAGGUUACAAAGGAGGAAGAGAAAAUGCAAGUGGAUCAAGAAGAGCCUAAGCCAGAAGAGACCCAGCAAGCACAAGCAGAAAACAAGACUAACCCUGAUGAGAUGGAGACCUCACAACCUGGGACCAAGGAUAAAAAGACUGAUCAGCCUCCCCAAGCCAAGAAAGCAAAAGUGAAGACGAGCACAGUUGACUUGCCAAUUGACCACUACCCACCAUGGCAGAUUGGCAGGGACAUGCUCAAUUUAUUUGUUGAGAAUGAGGGCAAGAUGAUCAUGCAAGACAAACUGGAAAAGGAAAGGAACGAUGCCAAGAAUGCGGUAGAAGAAUACGUGUAUGAGAUGAGGGACAAGCUGAGUGGGAUCUAUGAGAAGUUUGUCAGUGAAGAUGACCGGAACAGCUUCAUUUUGAAACUAGAGGACACUGAAAAUUGGCUGUAUGAAGAUGGGGAAGAUCAGUCCAAACAAGUUUAUAUUGAUAAAAUAAAUGAUUUAAAGAAAUUAGGGAACCCUAUACAGAUACGCAAUCAAGAAUACGAGGAAAGACCAAAAGCUUUUGAAGAACUGGGGAAGCAGAUUCAACUUUACUUGAAAAUUGUUAAUGCAUACAAAAAUAAGGAAGAGGCUUAUGAUCACUUGGAGGCUGCCGAUAUGGAAAAAAUAGAAAAGAGUAUUAAUGAGGCCAUGGAAUGGCUGAAUAACAAAAUGAAUUUACAGAUGAAGCAAGAUCCUACUGCAGACCCAAUAGUGAAGACCAAGGAAAUCCAAGGGAAAACUCAAGAGUUAAUAAACCUGUGCAACCCGAUCGUAACAAAACCGAAGCCCAAGGUCGAGCCACCGAAAGAGGAGCAGUCGAAUGAGCAGAAUGGACCAGUAGACGGCAAUACAAACAGCCAAGGGCCACCGGGCACGGAGCCAAACCCAGAUCCGGCUGCUGCAGAGGCAAAGAAGCUCCCUGAAAUGGACAUCGAAUAAAUUCCAUCAUCUAUUUCUAUUCUAAAACCGUAUAAUAAAGCUUUAAGUUGUUACCCA